AUGCCAAGUUUUAAGAAAUUUUUGAGAAUUUUGGAAUUACCAAAAUACGGAGUAUUUACAUUUCUUCAGUCCGAUUCAUAUUUAUCAGUAUCAGAUGGUAUUGUCCAGAAUAAUAACGAAUCAUAUACAUCUAAAACAUUUCAUUCACAGAACACAAUAUCAUCAGAAUAUAAAUCAAUUGGAUCUACUAUUUAUAAUUUUAAUAUUUUAUCCCCAACUUAUUUUUGUAUCAAUAAUAUUUCAAUUUCAAUCAAUUCAACAAAAUCUACAAAAAAAACAUUUUUUCUUACUCAAAUUUUUCCUUGA